AUGCUCGACCUCGCCGACUUCAUCACGGACCGUGGUGGAGAUCCGAAUAAGAUCAAGGAGAGUCAGAGGAGGAGGUCUGCUCCUGAGUCUGAUGUUGACGAGGUAAUUUCCUUGUAUGAGGAGGCUCGCCGGGCACGCUACCAAGUCUCCCAAAUAAACUCCCAGCUCAAUACCCUCCUCAAGGAAAUUGGUAAAAAGAAGAAGAACAAGGAAGAUGCCAGCAGUCUUUUGGAGGAAAAAGCUGGGCUAGAGAGCCAGCGCAAAGAAGCAGAAGAGCUUGCCGUCCAAAAGGAAACACUCAGGGAUCGAAAGAUCCGAACAAUUGGCAACUACGUCCAUGAAUCUGUCCCUAUUAGCAACAACGAGGAUGAUAACGCCAUUGUCAGAACAUGGUCUCCGGAUAAUUUUGUUCCCGAGAAGCCUAAUUGCCUGUCGCAUCAUGAGGUCCUUACUCGACUGGAUGGCUAUGAUCCUGAGCGCGGAGUCAAGAUCGUCGGCCACCGUGGCUAUUGUCUGACGGGUUAUGGUCUUUUCCUGAACCUUGCGCUUGUGAAUUACGGACUUGAAUUUCUCUGGCAACGUGGCUACAAGCCGAACCAACCACCGCAGUUUAUGCUCAAGGAGAUGAUGGCGAAAACGGCUCAACUCGAACAGUUUGACGAGGAACUUUACAAGGUCACAGAAAGUGAGGACAAAGCCACCGACAAAUAUUUGAUCGCCACUUCAGAGCAGCCAUUGUCUGCGUUGCAUGAUAGCGAAUGGCUCCAAGAUAAGGAUCUUCCAAUCAAAUAUGCUGGAUACAGCACAUGUUAUCGAAAGGAGGCUGGGUCUCAUGGCAAGGAUGCCUGGGGUAUUUUCCGAGUUCACCAGUUCGAGAAGAUUGAGCAAUUCGUCCUCACAAAACCCGAGGAGUCUUGGGAGGCGUUUAACCAGAUGAUCGAAACCUCGGAACAGUUUUACCAGUCGCUCGGGCUCCCUUACCAAAUCGUGUCUAUAGUCUCGGGUGCUUUGAACAACGCCGCAGCGAAGAAGUUUGAUCUCGAAGCCUGGUUCCCUUUUCAGCAAGAAUACAAGGAGCUGGUUUCUUGCUCCAACUGUACCGAUUAUCAGUCACGAGCAUUGGGAAUUCGAUACGGCCCGAAGAAGACGACCGACGCGAAGAAAUCCUACGUCCACGCAUUGAACGCUACCCUGUGUGCAACGGAACGCACCCUGUGCUGCAUCCUUGAGAACUAUCAAACAGAAGAUGGAUUCGUUGUUCCAGAGCCCCUAAGGAAAUACAUCCCCGGUGCUCCCGAAUUUCUCCCCUACACCAAAGAACUUCCAAAAGAUAGCACCUCAACCAAAUCCCGGCCUAAAGCUGCCGCAAAGCCCGGCAGCAGCGCUGAUGAAGCAUCCAAGAAGCUGCAAGGCAUGCAAUUGUGA